AUGCCACCCUUCCCCACCACGCCCCUCACCCGCCUCACCACCCCUAGCAACAGCCCCAUCCACGCCCUCACCUUCUCCUCCGGCAGCGGCCAAUACCUCCUUACCGGCUCCUCCGACCGCAGCAUCCGCCUUUACAACCCUAAUACCUCCCGGAUAAUCCAGACAUACUCGGCGCAUGGGUAUGAGGUGCUGGAUUUGGCUGUGAGUCGGGAUAAUGCGAGGUUCGUGAGUGUAGGCGGGGAUAAGACGGUUUUCCUCUGGGACGUGGAGAGUGGUGUGUCGGUGAGGAGGUUCACGGGGCACACGGGGAGGGUAGAGGGGUGUGCGUUUGGGGGGGAGGGAGGGGAGGGGAGUGGAGAGAGUGUGGUUGUUACUGGGGGACGGGAUGGCACGGUUAGGGUGUGGGAUGUGCGGGCGAAGGGGAAGGAGGUUAUGGUGCUGAGGGAGGCGGGGGAUGCGGUUUCCUCUGUGGUGGUCGGGGAUGGGAUUAUUCUGGCUGGGAGUGUGGAUGGGAGGGUGCGGUGUUAUGACCUCGCGGCUGGAAAGGCGGAGGUGGAUUGUCUUGGUGCGAGUGUGGUUUCGCUGUCGUUGGGAGGGGAUGGGGAGAGCUAUCUCGCCGGCACGUUGGGGGGGAAGUUGCGGCUGAUGGAUCGGAGGAGUGGGGGGUGUUUGCAGACGUUCCGAGACGAUGAUUUCAAGAAUGAAGAGUAUAGGGUGCGGAGUACGUUGGCGCAAGUGGACGGGGUGGCGGUUUGCGGAGGUGAGGAUGGGAGGGUGGUGGUUUGGGAUGUGCUGAGUGGGGAGGUGAGGGAGAGGCUGUGGCAUACUGAGAAGGGCGAGAGGGGGGAUGGUGGGAAGAGAGGGGUGGUGAGUGCGGUGGCGUGGAAUGGGGUGAGGGAACAGUGGGCGAGUGCUGGAGGGGAUGGGACGGUGGUUGUUUGGGGGGCGGGUGAGUGA